UGUACAUACCACCCAAGUCCAAUUCAUUUGCCAUUACUUACUAUACCUGCAAGAUAGCUUUCCAUGGCUAGACUUCUUCCCAUCUUGGUUUGUCCUCUCAUCAUUUUCUAUCUCCUCUCUUCCUUCUCUACAAUUUCUGCCACCGCAGAAGACCAGAGCUAUGCAAGAAGCCUAGACCCUAAGCUGCUUGGGCUAAAGAAACAAAAGCUCAGCCACUUCCAAUUCUACUGGCAUGACAUCGUGAGUGGCUCUAAUCCCACUGCUGUCCUGGUCGUGCCUCCGCCCAAAAACUCAUCCACAGCCUUUGGUACAGUAAGGAUGAUUGAUGACCCUUUAACCUUGGGAACCAACAUUACCUCCAAAAUGAUUGGAAGGGCACAAGGGUUUUAUGCCUCAGCCUCACAAAAAGACCUUGACUUAUUAAUGGUCAUGAACUUCGUAUUCACUGAAGGAAAGUACAAUGGCAGCACCAUCACCAUCCUAGGGAGGAACCCGGUCUUCAACCCAGUGAGGGAGUUGCCGGUGAUCAGUGGCACCGGCCUUUUCCGGUUUGCAAGAGGUUAUGCCGAGAUCAAGACCCACAUGUUUGAUCUCAACACGUUGGAUGCCGUAGUUGAGUACAAUGUCUAUGUGUUGCAUUAUUGAUGCUCUUUAGUUUCUUGGCAUUUUGGGGUCGGCCUGCGGGUAUAUUCGAUGAUGCUGUGUUGUUUAGAGUGAUAUCUUUUUCCUGUAUGUUGGUCAGUUUUGGCUGCUUUUAAGCCGUGUGGGGGCUGGUUUGAUUUUUCCUUUUUCAAUACUGUUUAAAAUAAAUUAAUGUGUUACGAAGACUUUUCAUGAUAUGUAUUUAAACAUCUUCUGAAA